AUGGCAGGCCGAGAACUAGUAGAGAAGUACGAGCGGGAAGCACGUGAAAAGUCGCGAGAGAGCUGGUACCUCUCCUGGGCGCUGGACACAAACCAAGAGGAGCGUGACAAGGGGAAGACCGUGGAGGUGGGACGAGCCUUCUUCGAGACGGACCGCAAGCAGUUCACCAUCCUCGAUGCCCCAGGCCACAAGAGCUUUGUGCCCAACAUGAUUGGCGGAGCGGCACAAGCAGAUCUGGCUGUUCUGGUCAUAUCGGCGAGAAAAGGUGAAUUCGAGACGGGAUUCGAUCGAGGCGGGCAGACCCGAGAGCACGCCAUGUUGGCCAAGACAGCGGGCGUUAAGCAUCUGGUCGUGCUGGUUAACAAAAUGGACGAUCCCACAGUCAGUUGGGAUCAGACGCGUUACAACGAAUGCAAAGACAAGAUACUACCAUACCUCAAGAAGCUGGGCUUCAAUACAGCCAAGGAUCUUACCUUUAUGCCUUGCUCCGGCCUUAGCGGCUACGGCCUAAAGGAUCAAAUUCCAGAGUCCAUCUGCCCAUGGUACAGAGGGCCCGCGUUCAUACCAUUCAUCGACGAACUGCCCUCACUCAAUCGCAAGUCUGACGGGCCCUUCAUCAUGCCCAUUGUCGAUAAAUACAAGGAUAUGGGAACAGUCGUGAUGGGCAAAGUGGAGUCCGGAAUGGCGCGAAAGGGUCAAAAUUUGCUGGUGAUGCCAAACAGGACACAAGUGGCCGUAGAUCAACUGUUCUCCGACGACUUUGAAGUCACAUCUGUUGGUCCCGGCGAGAAUGUCAAGAUCAAGCUGAAAGGCAUCGAGGAAGAGGAUGUCUCGCCUGGUUUUGUACUCUGCGAUGCCACUAAUCCCAUUAAGACGGGAAAAAUCUUUGAUGCUCAGGUCGUUAUAUUAGAACAUAAAUCAAUUAUCUGUGCGGGUUACUCGGCCGUCAUGCACAUACACUGCGCUGCCGAAGAGGUCACAGUAAAGGCCCUCAUCUGUUUGGUCGACAAAAAGUCUGGUGACAAAUCAAAAACACGUCCACGGUUCGUUAAGCAGGAUCAGGUUGCAAUUAUGCGAAUCGAAUGUUCCGGAAUGAUUUGCCUUGAACAGUUUAAGCUCUUCCCACAAAUGGGCCGCUUCACGCUAAGAGAUGAAAACAAAACCAUUGCCAUUGGUAAGGUACUGAAGGUGGUCGAAUAA